UCCCCAUAACAGCUGUUUUGUAACCUAUUACAUACCAACUACAUGCUGAAUACUUGGCCAUAAGUCCGUGCGUGAACAUAGCAGGCUGCAGGAAUACCGAGCGUGUGACUGGAUCGGGACAAUCUGAGACACCAUGAAUAAUUCUUCGGUUACUACGGUUGCUCUUGUAGAAAGCAAUUCAAAUCCCACAGGCGUUCAGCUAGUAAGCUCCUACCAAACAAAUCGCAUGGGGGAUCCUUCCGAUCUUGUGGAACUGGCAAUACAGGUGCAAAAGGCUGAUGAUUUUAUUAAAGCCAACGCAUGUAAUCGACUAACUGUUAUAGCUGAGCAAAUACGUCUUUUACAAGAGCAAGCCAAACGGGUAUUGGAGGAGGCAAAGCGAGAUGCUGAUUUACACCAUGCUGCUUGCAAUGUUGUAAAGAAACCAGGAAAUAUUUAUUACCUCUAUAAACGAGAAAGUGGACAGAGAUAUUUCUCUAUUCUGUCACCAAAGGAUUGGGGUCCCAGUUGCCCACAUGAGUUUCUUGCUGCUUACAAGCUCCAACACGAUAUGUCAUGGACUCCAUUUGAGAACAUUGAGAAGAGGGAUGCAGAAAUUAGCAUUAUCGAUAAAUUACUUAGUCAACAAAUUGCACUUCCAUCCUGUGCGGAGCCUAACUUUAAGGGACUGACAAAUUGAAAUUUGAUGAUGCAGACCGUGUGUACCAUUUAAGGGAUGUGACCUUUUGUAAUAAGGAGAUCAUUUAAUUAUCCAUCUUGAUUAUAUGUCUCUCCUCACAUGGAUGGCAUUUUAUUCCAUUGGUUUUUAUAUUCUUCCUUAGCCGUUGUAUUUUAUUCAUUUUAAAUGAUAUUUCAACAAAUUAUUCAACAAAUAUAUCUAAAAUCAAGACUAUACUUUUGUGGUCGUAUUAAUCAACUACAGAAACAGAUGAACGGAUACACGCAUGCGGUAGAUCAGGGUUCUUCAAAAAAAAUUCCUAAGACCCAGUAGCAUAAUACUACACACCUUCGCAACCCUAUUUUCAUGCUUGAUCUGAAAAUUUCUUUAGUAAUAUACCACAAGAUAGCUGCAAUUAUCGGCAAAGUGACUAAAAUGUGCGUGCAUACUUUUAUUCCUGAUUGUAGUCAUACUUGAAAGUGUUGUAGAAGGUUAUAACACACACACCACACACUCUUAAACAAAAAAAAAACACACACACACAGUCGCGACCCAGUAAACGUGGUGUUGUGAUCCAGUAAUGGAUCCCAACCCGUGGUUUGAAGAACCCUGCGGUAGAUGAAUUCAUGAUGUACUUGUUCCUGUAAAAGCUUUUGAGUACAGAUUAUUCUGUCAGUACAAAAUGGUGUUUGUUAUUAUAGGGAAGACAAGAUUAGAACUGAUGAUAUAGAGCACGUAAUAAGUUAAAAGAACCCUUUUUUUUUUUUUUAUCACAUUUAUGUGUUGAAACUUGGCUCCUUUCCAUGACAACAUAUUGAGUGAGGCUCAGGAACGUGCAUGUAUCUUAUGAACACUGCUGCAUGUCUGUGAGCCUAUGUCGGUAUGCUUUUAUGGAAAGAAGCUAUAUUUCAGCAAAGAAUACCAAGAAAAAGUAGUCAGUCUGAGAACUUUUUUUUUUUUUUUAAGUAAAUUGAAAAAAAAAAAUUGUUAAAGGGAUACUAAAGCCAAAUUUUUUCUUUCAUGAUUCAGAUAGAGCAGACAACUUUCUAAUUUACUCCUAUUAUAAUUUUUUCCUUUUAUCAUGCAACCUUUAUUUGAAAAAAGCAGGAAUCUAAGCUUAAAGGGGCAGUAUACACCAAUUUUAAUUUAAAAGUAAACCUACAAAAUAAUGUUAUAUAAUUCUGCACAUAGUGCAGAAUUGUAUAACAUUAGCUUAGCGACAACUUUUGUUACAAACUGCUGUUUGUAACUGGCCCUUUAAAUGGAAAAUUGCCCUGCUUCCCUGGAUUUUGGAGAAGCCUAUUUGCCAGCCUCCUUCCACAUGACUAUGGCCCCUGGAAGAUUGUGCCCCUGAAAACCUAUUAACUUUUAUUGGGUGUGUAUGGCCCUUUAAGAACCGUCUGGGGACAUAUUGUGACUUUGGUGAACAAUGCCCCUUUAAGACUAUGUCCCCAGACCUGUGAAAUGACUUGUCCCUGGCUUUCUCCCACUUGGUUCAGUUUCAUUGUGUGCCAUUAAGUGCUAUGUGACAGACCCUUCGGUCAGAACUACAGAGAUAACUUUGUUCAGCUUCAAGAAGCAUUCUAAAUACAAGUUUGCUGGGAUCAGCUCUAAUUAAGUUUAGUGAUAAACUUUCCCAUUGUCUAAUCAGACUUCUAGUAGUGAUAAGGUGGACUGCAUUGUUUUAUUGUGUGUAAAAUGUUGUUAUCUGCUGAAGUAAUGUUGUGGCCUGUCAAAGGGAGUGUCUCUCUAUCUAAUAUCAAAUGUGUGAUGGGGGAUUUUAUGCCUCCUCCUGAGAGUGUCCUGUUUGCAUGUAACCUCAAUAAAAAGCAGGCUGUGUGCUCCAGCACAUGAGACCUAUUUUUGACCCUCUAA